UGGUUAAAGAAUAGUAACGCUAAAGUUUUUAAAGAUGCUUGCUCCUGAAGCAUCUUUGUUUGAGACCAGCCUAGGCAGAGUAUGUCAAGAGGGCCUGGCUUGCGAGAUGGGGGCUGGAGCAGAGUUCUACUGUCAAGACUGCACCACCUACCAAUGCUCAAAGUGUGAGAGUCUACUCCACUCCACUAGAGAGCUCAGGGCACACACUAGAACUAGUCUCCAUGGAGAGAGAGGCAGAACCAAUCAAGAGACUGCAUCGUUGAAAGUCAAACAACCACUCUUGUCCGUAUCCAGCUUCUUGCUCGUGAAUGAAGAGGAAAAACUGAUGGUGACUGACAAGGCGGAGUUUGUGCAGAGGCUUGGUUGCCCUGGUGACUGUAAGGCAAAGGUGGUCUCCAUAUUUGGGAACACUGGAGAUGGGAAAUCACACACUCUCAAUCAUACGUUUUUCGAUGGAGAAAAUGUGUUCCCCACUUCCCCCGGCCAGAGCUCCUGUACCAUUGGAGUGUGGGCAGCCUACUCCCCCAAACACAACGCCAUCUUCAUCGACUCUGAGGGUCUCUUGGGUGUCUCUAAGAACGAGCACCGUCGUACUAGACUACUGCUCAAGGUGCUGGCUGUCUCCGAUGUGGUUUUAUAUCGCACAAGAGCGGAGAGGCUUCACAACGACCUGUUCACUUUCCUAGGGGAUGCAUCCGAUGCUUACUGGAAAUACUUCAGUCCAGAGCUCAAGGCAGCGUCUGACCGCUGUUCCUUGGACACGCCCCUCUCCUCCCUCGGGCCCUGUGUUGUCAUCUUCCAUGAGACACUGUAUACUGAGUUGCUAGGGGAACACGGCACAGUGACCUCUGACCCACCAGAAGAUGGGCUCACUGACUCUAUUAGCUGUGAUGACUCUGAUGACAGCCCUCCUGAGUUCUUCUCCACAGAGGAGGUCAGCGAAGGAGACAGUCGCAAGAAAGGCAAUCACCAAAUGACAGCAGAGGAGCUGCUUAGAAUAAGGUUUUCUGAGCUCGGUUACAUUCCCAAGGCGUUCUCCUCAGUGGAGUAUGUUGGUACACGCACCCAAGCCCCUCCCACUGACUUCAGUGGUCUGUGUGAGGUGGUGAGAGGACUCAUCAACAACAACGUUGUCAGAUCACCACGCCGACCAGACAUAGUAUACACUGCCUUGAAGAUUCUCAACGACAAGUUCAGUGGUAAUGUAUCCAGUGUGAGAAUGUCCUCCUUCCCAGACGCUUAUUUCACAUGUCCUGAGAAAUGUUUAUCUUGUGGGGUUCGUUGUGAUUUGAGCAUGAACCAUUUGAAAAAUGGAGAAUCUCAUAAGAUCAACGGAGCAAGGUGUAAGUACAACCAUACCUUCGAUAACAAGACCUACCUCUGCAAAUCAUGUUUUGACCGUGGUGUGGAGAGUGUGGUGGCUCCUGAGACCUCCUCCACUGGGGAGUCCAGCUGGUUGGGUCUGGCCAAGUACGCAUGGGCAGGGUAUGUGAUAGAGUGCCCACACUGUGGUGUGAUUUACAGGAGCAGGCAGCACUGGUAUGGCAACAAGGACCCAGAGUCAACAGCUGUCAAGACUGACAAUAAGCACAUAUGGCCUCAGGACUUUGCCACUGGUCAAGGCUCAGAGAAUGUUGUACGACGACUGUUAGAUCGUGUGGGGGAUGUGGCAGAGGCAGUGGGGAGUGUCUCUGCUCAGCCGGCUAAGACUAUCUCCAGUUGGAUGUCUGAUCAAAUAGCCCCCAAAUACUGGACCCCUAACUCCAAGAUCCUGGUGUGUGGGGAAUGUCAGAAAGAGUUUGGCUCGGCCAACACGAAGCAUCACUGCCGAGCGUGUGGAGGUGGUUUCUGUGAGAGGUGCUCCUCGAAAUACAUGGCUGUCCCUUGGAGAGGAUGGGGCAACGUGCCUGUGCGUGUGUGUGUCUCCUGUUACAAGCAAGCCCAAGGAAAACCCUCACACAGAUCACGUAAAGAAGAGAGAUCAAACGCUACGACAAACACCGAGAAGACAGCUGCAAACGAGGCCACUGUGACUGCUCGCUAUAUGGGAGAGGUGGUGCAAUCUGCUAUUGGUUUAGUAACUGGUGCUAUAAGCUAUCCUAAAGAUGUCAUUGUUGAGUCUGCUCGACCUUCAUACUGGGUGCCCGAUGCAAAGAUAAAACACUGUAACAAAUGUAAGAGUGAAUUUGGACCGAAUGACUCGAAGCAUCAUUGUCGAGCUUGCGGGGAGGGGUUUUGUGACAAGUGCUCCACCCAUCAGAUCCCUGUGCCGUCCAGAGGAUGGGACUAUCCAGUGCGUGUGUGUGACCUUUGUGUUAUAAGAAGAGACUUGUGAACUUAUUGUGUGUGUACAUUCACAACCAACAAUCACAUGAUCACAAAUCACACUGUGUUGUUUGUAGAUCAAUUUUUUGUCAGUAGCUACGCUGUAUAUAUACGCUUAAAAGUAUUUUUGAAUUCAUGAUUAAUUUUAAUCUGUA